UCCAUCUUGUCAUUGUCAACCGUGCAACAAGCCGAAAUUUCAAUUUCUGAAACAAUAAAUAAUUUGAUUUGCCGGACGCAAAAUUCAAUAAAAGGCACUACUGUUUAGUGUUUAUUUCGAUAGAAAAUAGUAAAAAUGUCGAAAGCUCACCCUCCGGAAUUAAAAAAGUUCAUGGACAAGAAGUUGUCUAUCAAGCUGAACGCUGGUCGUGCUGUGACCGGUGUCCUCCGGGGAUUUGAUCCCUUCAUGAACCUUGUGCUGGAUGAAUCAGUGGAGGAAUGCAAAGAUGGCCAGCGCAACAACAUAGGCAUGGUGGUCAUCAGAGGAAACAGCAUUGUAAUGUUAGAGUCAUUAGAUAGAAUAUAGUAAUAGUUUCAUUCCUUAAUUUAAGUUAUCAUAGGAAAAUGUGUGAGAAAGGAAAUAAUUUCUAAGGAGUGUAAAAGUAACACAACAGCAGAAAAUUUAAUAAAUUUUACAUAUUCCAACUUCACAGAGCCAAUAAAAUAGCACCAGUAUUCAUUAUAAUUUUGUAUACAGAAGAUAAUGUUAAUUUCAGUUAUGUAUCAAGGUCACGGGUGAGAAUAAAAAUAUAGUAAAACCUAUUAAA